CCUUAGUCCCACUCUCUCUCGCUUCUGGGUAAGAGUUGCCGCGGGCAUUUACUCCCACCUCUCGGAUCUCAAGACCUAUCUCUCCGCUCUCUCCGGAAGCCUACGUUCCCUCUGUCAAAAUCCGACCUUUUGCUGAAAGAUCUCGCCUUUCCCGAUAGAUCUGCCAGCCCAACCCUUCAUGAGCUAGGUCUUGCUUGGAAACCGAGGAUUUGUGAAAAAGACGCGUUUUUUUUGGGGCGGGAGGAAAUCUUAGGUGGAUAUUAGGCUUGUUUCCCUCUUAGAAAACCGUGUGAGAGCUCUGGAGAUUAGGGUUUUUCGUUGGAGAGAUCUUAGAUUUGAUGAUGGUGAGAAUAGAGGUUGCUGUUCUUCUGCUUCUAGUGUCGGCUUGGGGGUUCGAGGUUGAAGCUGAUGAGUCUGAUCACCGGUACAAGGAGGGGGAUCAUGUCCCUCUGUAUGCUAACAAAGUGGGGCCUUUUCACAAUCCAAGUGAGACGUAUCGGUACUAUGAUUUGCCAUUUUGUUCACCAGAGCAUGUGACUGAGAAGAAGGAAGCUCUAGGGGAAGUGUUAAAUGGUGAUCGUUUGGUUGAUGCACCAUAUGAGUUAAAUUUCCGGGAGGACAAACAGUCCAUGUCUCUUUGUAAGAAAACUUUGUCCAAAGAAAAAGUUGCAGAGCUCAGAAAUGCAGUCUCAAAGGAUUAUUACUUCCAGAUGUACUACGAUGACCUUCCCUUUUGGGGUUUCUUGGGAAAGGUUGAGAAGGAUAAGCCUGACCCAAGCGAGAACAAGUACUUGCUCUUUAAACACAUUCACUUUGACAUUUUGUACAGUGAUGACCGUGUCAUUGAAAUUAAUGUCCAAACUGACCCAAAUCUGUCUGUGGACAUAACGGAGGAUAAGGAAGUUGAUGUGGAGUUCUCAUAUUCUGUGACAUGGAAGAAAACUGACAUUCCCUUUGAGAAGAGAAUGGAUAAGUACAAGAAGUCUUCUUUUAUGCCCCAACAUUUAGAAAUUCAUUGGUUCUCUAUCAUCAACUCGUGUGUGACAGUCCUCCUUCUGACUGGAUUCCUUGCUACCAUUCUUAUGCGUGUGCUCAGGAAUGACUUCAUCAAAUACUCUCAUGAUGAUGAGUCCCUUGAAGACCAAGAAGAGACUGGGUGGAAGUAUAUUCAUGGGGAUGUCUUUCGAUUCCCAAAGCACAGGUCUUUGUUUUCAGCUGUAAUUGGAUCUGGAACUCAGCUUCUAGCUCUUGCAAUGUUUAUCUUCCUUCUGGCACUUGUGGGGGUGUUUUAUCCAUACAACCGUGGUUCCCUUUUCACAGCUCUUGUUGUUAUCUAUGCUCUUACCUCUGGUAUAGCUGGAUAUACAGCGACCUCCUUCUAUUUGCAACUAGAAGGGACUAAUUGGGUUGGAAAUUUACUGUUGACUGGCUGCUUAUUUUGUGGUCCUUUGUUCCUAACUUUCUGCUUUCUUAACACUAUUGCCAUAGUAUACAGCGCCACUGCAGCCUUGCCAUUUGGUACUAUCCUUGUGAUUAUUCUUAUAUGGGCCCUGGUAACUUCACCUUUGCUUGUGUUGGGUGGCAUUGCUGGUAAGAACAGCAAGACAGAAUUCCAGGCUUCAUGUCGCACCACAAAGUAUCCACGAGAAAUUCCUCAGCUGCCAUGGUAUCGGGGCACUAUUCCUCAAAUGGCGAUGGCAGGGUUCCUUCCCUUUAGCGCCAUCUAUAUUGAGCUGUAUUAUAUAUUUGCUAGUGUCUGGGGUCACAAAAUUUACACCAUCUAUAGCAUACUGUUUAUUGUUUUUAUCAUCCUCAUUAUUGUCACAGCAUUCAUCACUGUGGCAAUGACAUACUUUCAGCUUGCUGUUGAGGAUCAUGAAUGGUGGUGGAGGUCCAUUCUUUGUGGAGGAUCCACUGGUAUAUUCAUCUUUUUCUACUGCAUAUACUACUAUCAUGCAAGAUCAGAUAUGUCAGGAUUCAUGCAAACGUCUUUCUUCUUUGGUUACAUGACCUGUAUCUGCUAUGGGUUCUUCCUCAUGUUGGGGACUGUUGGUUUCCGUGCCUCUCUGCUGUUUGUGCGGCACAUAUACCGUUCAAUCAAAUGCGAGUAAAUUCAAAUCUAGCUCUAGGUCAGGUCAGGUUAUGUGGAUACUCAUUGCGGCUAUAGAAACAACAUUUGCCAUGGCCUAUAUUACCAAACUCUCCCUGCUGAUGGACUAGAUGCUUGUUUUAAGUUUGAUAUAUAUUUUUUGUGUAAACCUACCUCUUCAUUCCGUUUCAAGAACAGGAUGCGACGCCUAAAAUGCGAACGGCAGAAGUAUCAAAUAACUAGGAGAACUUGUAUUAUGAAAAUUUUAGAAUGUUGUUUGUUUGUUAUCA